AUGGCUUUGGGGAAGAAUUCAAUUGCGCUGUUGGCCCACCUGGCAGCUGUCAAAGAAUUCAGCUUGUACUGCUGCAGUGGGGCACACGCGCUUUUCUUAGUCAGGAAUAGCGGUGUGCUUGAUAGUGGUGGUGGUGUGCUUGCUAAGGCUUCCCUUCACGAUAUGUUCCGGUUGAAGGAUGGUCUCCACACCCUGCUCUUAACGGGCGCCAGCGGCAACGCGGCGGCGCUGAUCGGCGGGGUGACGCUGCACUCGGCGACGAACAUUGGAUUCGAGGGCAAGAACGAGGUGGCAAGAAACGUUUCGGAAGAAGAGAAGCUGCGUUGGAAAAAUAUGGUCAUGUUGAUCGUCGACGAGAUCAGCCAGGGACCGCGGCGGACAGAGAUCAGAGAGGGCUGCAAGGCACCUAGCUGCGCACAAGCUGUUCCUCCAGUUCACGGCCGUCGUCAUCCUCCGCGAACAGAUGGACUGAGAGCCAUCACGCCCUUGAACCAAGACCGGUGGGACCUGAACAUGGCAGCCGUCGUCCAGUGGGCUCGUGCCCACGGCAAACACAUCUCCAUCUUUGUGGCUAAGCAUGACACCGAAUCGGGGAAGCGGCUGCGCGUCGAAGAGCUGGGGGACGUACUCCGCCACGGAGACGACUCACAGCUGCCGACCCCUGGCCUCUUCUUUUACGCCUAA